AUGGCGGCUGAGGGUGAGGGCAUUGCGGCGGUUCCAAUCGCGGCACGUCCCCUGCCGGCGAGUGUUCCUCCGGCGGCGUCGGGUUCUACGACGCUCGAUGCGACGGCCGAGGGAAUGGAGAGGGAGCACGCGCUUGCGGCUCUUAUACAGUUUAGAAAGUUUGAUCCACCGAUCUUCGACGGUAAGAAGGUCGAGCCAUGGAUGGUUGAGUCAUGGGUGGACUCGAUGGAGACCCUAUUUGAGGACCUUUACACAUUGGAGAAAGAUAAGGUCCCCUUUGCCACUCAUUGCUUAGAGCGAACGGCGAAGGUGUGGUGGAAGCGGAUUAAGCGGGAUCGGGCUUCCGACCUUUCGCCGUUGACGUGGGAAGAGUUUCGGGGGUUGUUGUUUGUCAACUACUUCCCCGAUAGCGAGAAGAAGAAGCUCCAGGAACAGUUCAGGAAGUUAAAGCAAGGAGGCGGCUCAGUUGCAGAGUAUGAGCGGGAGUUCUCACACAUUAUUGACUGCAUCCCUGACGUAGUGCGAAGUGACCGGGAUCGAGCCGAUUGGUUCGAGCGAGGGCUCCGGCCCGACAUGUAUAAGGCGGUCCGUAUCCUAAAGCUUACUAGCUUCGCGGAGGUGCUCGACAGAGCGUUGUGGGCGUAG